AUGUUCAUGUUCAAGCUCGAACUUGAGAAGGCGAAGCGUCCUAUCGAUUCUGGGCUGUUUUCGCAGUUCUGCACGUUCGUCCACUACCGGGUGAACAUCUUCGACGUCGACCUCAUCGGUCCUGCGAUCAUCUCGCAGGCGCAGACUCAUAGGCACCUUCCUCAGAUUCGGAACGUCGUACGAAGAAUCACGAGGAGCUCAUGCGAGUUCGUGCUCGCGUCUUCCCCUCACUUUAGCGCUUGCAAACGGUUUUACCUCAAAGCGCAACAUGCACACCGAGACCAUCACCCCUCGAGUUCUCCGUGGGAUGGCGCACCCUGCCACCUACGCGUCCUCGUUGUCUUCGACUUCGGCUCCCUUAUUCUCGUGCCACUCUUCUUCCUCUUCCUUCUCAUCAGCCCCUCCUUCAGCUCCACCCUCAUCCUCACCUCCUUACCUCACUUCUGA